GAAACAUGUCGUUUCGAAGAGCGCUCCGGUUGGCGUGCGGGUUCGCGGGCGGAUCUGCUGUGCUCGUGUGUGCGGCGGUCGCGGCGGACACGCGCGGGUUUUUCGGGGAGCCCUACCGGUUCAGACAGACCCCCGGUGCCGUGCAUGCAGCACAGCCACCGUCGUGGCCCAGUGUAAACGGUUGGGAUAAUAACUGGGACAAACGAGAUCCCUCUUCUAUGGUAAAUGGGAGAAGAAAAGAAAGCGCUGGUGACAAUGGAAGUCCAGACGUAGAGAACAACAAACCCAAAGCCACGCGCCACAUCUUCCUUAUCCGACACUCUCAAUACAACCUCAAUGGAAAUGGAGACAAAGAAAGGUUCCUCACUCCUUUAGGCCGUGAACAGGCUGAACUGACAGGACAGAGAUUAGCAGCGCUGGGACUGAAAUAUGAUGUGAUGAUUCAUUCCUCUAUGACAAGAGCUACAGAGACGGCCAACAUCAUCAGCAAAUACUUACCAGACGUGGAGCUUGUAAGCUGUGAUUUACUGCGAGAGGGUGCGCCUAUUGAACCAGUGCCACCUGUCGCUCACUGGAAACCAGAGGCAGUGCAGUAUCACGAGGAUGGGGCGCGGAUUGAGGCGGCCUUCCGUCGGUACAUCCAUCGAGCUGAUGCCAAGCAGAAGGCGGAUAGCUACGAGAUUAUUGUCUGUCAUGCUAAUGUCAUCCGCUACUUUGUGUGCAGGGCUUUGCAGUUUCCUCCAGAGGGCUGGCUGAGGAUGGGCCUGAACAAUGGCAGCAUCACCUGGCUCACAAUUCGUCCCAGCGGUCGCGUGGGUCUCAGAGCCUUGGGAGACUCCGGCUUCAUGCCUCCAGAUAAACUCACCCGGUGACCUUCUCAAUGUAGAUGCACGUGGCCUCUUUACAGUGAACAGAUUUGCAAAGUGUUUGGAUUAUUUCAAAAUGUAUUGAAUUAUUCAUAUGGUUUUAAGAUUCACAAUAUUUCAGAAAUGGAGUCCUGGAAUUUUCAGUGAGUUCAUCACCAAAUUAUUGCUGGUUUGUAAAUCCUUAUACAUCACUGCAAUUGAAGAGAACAUUACUGUGAAAAUUUCAGUCCUUUGCAUUUGCUGGUAUGAAAAUCAGUUGUCCAUAAGUGUCUUGAGUGUAAUUUUUUUGUAUUUUUUAAACUUGCAAGCAAAGGAAUAUUUGAUAUUUUGACACAAACACCCCCUGUGCCAUGAGGCAUCACCAUUGAAACCGUGAUGGGAAGACGGUAUUAACCAGCAAGUGUACUUUAGUUUAUAACUCUUCCCAGGAGAUUUAGGCAGAUUUCUGAAAGCCUUGCUGUUUGUAUUUGUUGCAGUUGAUGUCUCACGGACUGUUUACUUGGAAUUAUCCAAAAGUUUUAAAAGAAAAGUGUGAAUUUGCUGAAUUUGUAAACAUUAGUAAGUUGUUUCUGUACAUGUCAUUUCAAGUUUGUUGCCCGACUAUUUACAUAAAAAACAAGUCUAAUAAAUAAACUGUUUUUGCAUUUGUUAAA